CUUCCAUCGACCCCGUCUCUUCAUCGAGAUCAAAUUCAACAGAUAAUUUCCUCUUGCCCGACCAAAGCCAGCCAAAUGCACCUGUUUUAUUCAUGUCUCUACUCAUGCGCAUGUACGGGCCCCGCAUGUCUUCCUGGAUGAGACUCUGCUUUCUCCUCGGUGCUGCGUUGGCAUCGGCUCAGCGAGCAUCUCUCGAACAGAAUACCUACAGAUUUCCAAAUGCAGAGGUUCUGGCAACACAACAGAAAUUUGUAAAGUACGGUCAUCCAUUGCGAGUGGUAGUGAACGACGCCGAGAAGCAAGCCAUAAAAUACGUCUUUCUCGACUCCAACAAGCUACAAGGAGGCUACUCUACAAACUCCGAGGAAAUAUCAAUCGACUUACCAAGUCUUCCGCCGGGCGAUUGGAACGAAGCCCACAUUUAUUUGGACGGACGUACCGGAGCAUACACGAUCAGCAAUACGACUCUAACAAAUCACUUGGAGAUGAAAGGUUGGUACCCUCGAAGGAUCGAGUACCUUGAUUUUGUCAAUGUUGAGACGCUUCAGCAGGAUAGGUUGCAAGUCGUUACGCACCCCAACUUCGAAGCACCUGUCCUGAUCAAGAUUGCGAGUUUCCCAUGGGAGAUGCCGUCUCUCGAGCAAGAGGCUAUUGUGUACCAGCUCCUUUACGGCUCGGGAGCCACGCCUGAAUUUCUCGGUCACGUCACGGAAAGCGGUCGAAUCAUCGGCUUCAUCACGGAGUAUAUAGAAGAGAUACCAUCGAUAAGGGACAGAAACGUGCAUGGUUGCAUCGCCGCUCUUCGGAAACUGCACCAUAGAGGCAUUGCUCACGGGGACGCUCAUGAUGGAAACUGUUUGAUACGCAAAGAUGGGUCAGCCGUUAUUAUUGAUUUCGAGUUAUCACUGGAGACCUCGUCGCACCAAGAAUUCGAGAGGGACUUGGACAUAAUGGGUCGAUGCCUUAUUGAGGCAGUUUCCGAGCGUUCGUGAUGAUGCUCACACCCGAAAGAGUGGUAUGAUGAUGCCAUAGGGUGGGCCUACUGUAGAACAGAGUUUUAAGUUUGUCACAGAGUUUCCGAUCAUAGAAUCAUGGGCCACAUAGUAUACAAUGGUACUUAUGAGAUGUUGGAACAAAAAGGCACG